AAAACAGUCACCGUGGGUAAAAAACCGACCUCAUAUGAUCUUUGACACACGUGAGGAUCUUCAAAUUUUGUCCUCUGAAAUUCAUACGAGGUUUCUGGAAUCAUGCCUUUCUUGAAUCGUUCAUAGUCCACGCCUGCCCUCAUAUUUAUGUUGAACAAAAGGCAUCUAUGUUCCUCUCUGUACAUCUUUUGCUCUUUUCAAGAAGAAUAAUUUCCCAGAAAAGUGAGGAGUUUAAUUUGAAGUGGGUGAGGAUUGAGGAAGAAGGUGGCCGGAGAGAUGCAGGGAUGGUUGAAGAUCACGUUGGCGGCGGUGUCGACCGGAGUUCUUGUUUCUCUGGUGAUUAUGGUUGUCCGGAAAGCAUGUUGUCGUGGGAGAGGAAGGGUUGAAGAACGGCGAUCGGAGAUUAUGGAGGUUGGGCCGGCGGGGAGAUCGGUAUCUCAGGUUCACCAUGUGAGUCUUCAUCAUCUCGACAGAAACGGCACCAAGAAAACCAAUUACUACGUUUUCCGGCGGGGGCCGUCGGCGAAGCCGUUUUUCAGUUGGGCGGAUCACCCGUCCUUAGUCACGGACGCCGUCGAGAACGGGUGGUCGCAGUUCGGUUUCACGGCCUACACGCCGUCGACGUCCGUUAAAUCGGCGAGGUCGUUGUUGGGCGCCUGCGGACCCGGCGACCAUGGUAAUCAAACGGAGGUGAAGAUAAGCUGGGAAGUCUCCCCGGGGUCGGCUGAUUUCAUGCAGAAAAUCCAAUUCCGGCGUAACUCCGGCGUCCUGAAGAGAAUCACGAGCAGCAGACACAAUUUCACGGCAAUGGGCGGCGCUCCCGUUUCGUCCGUAAUCAAGACUUGUCUCCCGUUGCCAGGUCCGCCAUUAUUGGGAGCUUCACCGUUCCCACAAGAAGCUUAUUUUGAGAUCACAGUCUUUCCCUGUGAUGAUCAAGAAGACAGCCGGCGAUCACAAGAUGACAAAAUUAAGCUUAUCCCAGACGACAUUAAUGCAAAAACACCCAAGAACCGCGGCCUUCAUGAAUCAAUCGGCGAUGGAAAGGAAAUCAGGAACCAUGUUGCCCUGUCUGUAGGGCUAAGUGGAACUGGUUCUCUUCCAUUGAAGCUUCCUGGGAGCUAUCCUGGUUCCAUUGGAUUCAACUCCAACGGUUCUGUCUGUCUUGAUGGGAUGAUGUUAGUGAAUGAAUCAGAAAAGGAAGAAUGGGGGACAGCAGAGAAAGUGAUUGGGUGUGGGUACAAUCCAACCCAGAAGAAGGUAUUCUUCACAGUGGAUUCACAGCUUAUCCAUGAAAUCCACUGCAAAUCCGAGGAAUUUGGGAACCCAUUGUACCCAACUUUAGCUGCAAAUGCUGACAUAAUGGUUGUGGUGAAUCUUGGGCAGAGUGCAUUCAAAUAUGCAGCUGCAAAUCUGCAGAGAACUCCAAACCCAUGCUUCAUUGGGCCUCUGGCAAGCAAUUCUCCAGCAGCUAUAGGGUAUGAAGACAGCAAGGAGCUUUUCUCCAUGGGGAGAAUCGAUUCCCAGUGGCUGAACAGAAGCGCAACUGCAGCAAGGAGCAAUGGCAACAGUGUGAAUAAUCUGAAGCAGAUAGAUUUUGAUGACUUGGAAUCUGAAGGGGAGCUGUUUGAAAUUGUGUUGGAUAGUUCAGGGAAAAAUCCCAACACUCUAUAGCAUCAUCAUCAUCCUAACAAAACAUCAUUAGAUUAGAUCAUUUCUUUUAAUCAUACUUUGCUUGUGCAUGUUAAUUAGUUUCUUGUUUUCCCCUCUUUUCUCUUGAAUGAAGGCUGCAAAAUUUUGUGUGAAUUGCCUUCCUUGUAACCAGAAAAAUAUUCAUUUGUGUAGAUAAGCAAAAUGAUCCACAAAAUUUA